AAAUAUUAACCUUGAUUGGAUUUUUGUAGUGGCAGUUCUUUUGUGAUAAAUCAGUGUUAAAGUGUGAAUUGUGGAUGUUUAUCCCUAUUCUGUCUGGCUUUAUGUGUCUGUUCUGCAGGGGUACCAGCGCACGCCCAGACAACACCGGAAUGGACAUCACCGCACGCUGCACACUGGGUGAUCCCAACAAGCUCCCAGAGGGUGUGCCCCAGCCGGCACGCAUGCCCUACGUGUCCGACAAGCACCCUCGCCAGACGUUAGAGGUCAUCAAUCUGCUACGCAAGCACAGGGAACUGUGUGAUGUCGUGUUGGUGGUCGGCGCCAAAAAGAUCUAUGCCCACAGAGUGAUCCUUUCGGCCUGCAGCCCUUACUUCAGGGCCAUGUUCACAGGCGAGCUGGCCGAGAGCCGUCAGACGGAGGUUGUGAUCCGGGACAUUGACGAGCGGGCCAUGGAGCUGCUCAUUGACUUUGCCUACACUUCGCAGGUUACCGUUGAGGAAGGCAAUGUGCAGACAUUGCUGCCCGCCGCUUGUCUGUUACAGCUGGCUGAGAUUCAGGAGGCUUGCUGCGAGUUCCUCAAGCGCCAGUUGGACCCCUCCAAUUGCCUGGGUAUCCGUGCCUUUGCUGACACCCACUCCUGCCGCGAGCUGCUGCGGAUAGCUGACAAGUUUACACAGCACAACUUUCAAGAGGUAAGGUCUCUUAUCUUGCAUACAUGUGAGUCUCUGUGCACUCACUCUCUGAGGUGCAAUCUAAAAAGUGUUUCUUUGACAUUUAGAAAAUAAUGUUGCUUAUCUUACCUCUCUGCUUAUCAGGAUCCUGUUAGUUACUUAGUCUAGCUAUUCAUUUGAAAAUCCACACUGGUUUACGGUUAGUGAACACCAGAGAGAGGUGUCCCUUAGUGUAAAUUUAGCCCCACAGCCUUAAAAGUGAAUCCCAGCAAUAAAGUUAAUACCUUUUCUACAUUGUCUUACGUUUUCUUUACACACAGUUUUAGGAUUUCCACAAAGUUAAACCCCCAUGUUAUUUGUAUCCUCAGGAAAUAACUGCCACGGAACUUUCAGAAUUUUAAAAUGUGAAUUAGAUGCUGCUGCUGGUUUAACUUGACUGCCUUACCGUGCAUCAUUCUCUUGAACACAGCCCCUGUCUUUUUGUGGACUUUGAACAGGUUUCACCUGAUGAAAGUGUGCCUCAAGUAAUUUUGCUUGCUUUGCCUUCAGGUGAUGGAGAGUGAGGAGUUCAUGCUGCUUCCAGCCAACCAGCUAAUAGAUAUAAUCUCCAGUGACGAACUGAAUGUGCGAAGUGAAGAGCAGGUUUUCAAUGCAGUCAUGGCCUGGGUCAAGUACAGCAUUCAGGAGCGCCGGCCACAGCUGCCACAGGUGAUAAUGCCUGCUGUAUAAACAAAAGAAAUGUAACACUAAGGACAGUCUGUUUUAAAAUUGAAAGUGUUUGUGUGUAACUUAUUCCACCUGGUAAGUCAUUGAUUCAGGAGAUAUUUUCUGGUUAUAGGUCCUCCAGCAUGUUCGUCUUCCUCUUCUGAGCCCCAAAUUUCUGGUGGGAACGGUAGGAUCAGACCCUCUCAUCAAAAGUGAUGAGGAGUGCAGAGACCUCGUUGAUGAGGCAAAGAAUUACCUGCUCUUGCCCCAAGAGCGCCCUCUAAUGCAAGGGCCAAGAACACGCCCUCGGAAGCCCAUCCGGUGUGGUGAAGUACUCUUUGCAGGUUAGUAUCUUAAAACUGUUGAACCUCGCUGCAUUCUCUUGGUACCCAUGUCUGAUCACGUCUGCUUUCAAAGGUAUUUCAAAAUGACAGUCAUGCCUACUUUGGCCAACAUGUUGGCCAUUGAAUAUCCCAAAUAUUCCAAAGGGUAGGGUUAGAAGAAACAAAGUUCUACCAAGUUGAGUUUUUUAAUUUUAUUCUGUCAUAUUCCCAGUUGGAGGGUGGUGUAGUGGGGAUGCCAUCUCCAGUGUGGAGCGAUACGACCCACAGACCAACGAGUGGCGCAUGGUAGCUUCCAUGAGUAAGAGGCGCUGUGGAGUGGGUGUCAGCGUCCUUGACGAUCUUCUCUAUGCUGUCGGCGGCCAUGACGGGUCCUCGUAUCUCAACAGUGUGGAGAGGUUAGCAUUUCCUUCCCUGUUUUUAUAGGGCCUUGUCCCAAAUGGCACUCUGUCCUGAAUAUAUUGCACUACUUAUGACCAGGGUCCACAGGGCUCUGGUCAAAGUAGUGCACUAUAUAGGGAAUAUUGGGAAGCACCCCAGAUCUUAUCAAAAGGCUGGUCUUCCUUCCAUUGUUUAACUUCCUUAUCUUAGUGUACUGUACUGAACUCACUCUCCACAACAGGUAUGACCCCAAGACAAAUCAGUGGAGUAGUGAUGUAGCACCCACCAGCACGUGCAGGACCAGUGUGGGUGUGGCUGUCCUGGGAGGGUAUCUGUACGCAGUAGGGGGCCAAGAUGGAGUAUCCUGUCUCAACAUUGUUGAAAGGUCACACUAUAUCAUACAUAUUCAUUGUUUAAUUUACUGUAUUUGUCUUCUAUAAAUCACACCGUUUUCUAUCAUGCUGAGGCAAAGACAUUUCAUCUUGCAAUACUAAAAGUAUUAUAACAAACAAUUUACAUGCCUCCUGAAAUAUCACAAAAAGCUGACUCCACUGAGUAAUGUGACUGUAUGAUCUGUAACAGAUAUGACCCCAAGGAGAACAAAUGGACGCGUGUGGCCUCGAUGAGCACCAGGCGCCUGGGUGUAGCCGUGGCUGUACUGGGGGGCUUCCUCUAUGCAGUGGGAGGUUCAGACGGCACAUCCCCUCUCAAUACCGGUACAGAUGAAGUACUUAGAAAACAGUACAAUAUCUUUCAUUACUCAGCACGUCACUAACAGGGUGUAAACUAAUUUCUUUAUUUAUACAGAUAAAUCACAGUAGAAGCUCCAGAGAUCCUAGGAAAAGAGAUCACAUAAAUGUCCCUAUAGUUCCCUAGAGAUCUGGGUUGUAUUCAUUAGGCACCAAAUGGAUGAAAACGGACUGAAACAGGGAGAGACUAUCUGAACUUGUCCAAUAAGAAACACUUGUUUUUGUUAUCUUGCUACACUUUGUUAUAGUGUACACUAAUGAAUAUGACCCUGCUCUAACCCCAUUUCUUACUCUGUCUGCUCUGCCUCUGCUCUAAUCUUACCACAGUGGAGAGGUACAACCCCCAGGAGAACCGCUGGCACACCGUCUCUCCCAUGGGCACCAGGAGGAAACACCUAGGCUGUGCAGUGUACCAGGACAUGAUCUACUCCGUAGGAGGCCGGGACGACACCACCGAGCUGAGCAGCGCCGAGCGCUACAACCCCAGGACCAACCAGUGGUCACCUGUUGUAGCCAUGACUUCAAGACGUAGUGGGGUCAGUCUGCAUCUUUCACAUUGAUUUCUGUUUGGUUUUGGUGCUUUAUUUUAGGAUAAGGAGGCGAAGUGUUGGACUUUUCAAUCAAAUCAGGUAAUUUAGUAAAUGUUGUUGGGAUUAAUUAGAUGAAAUGUGGAGCAAUAGGGAAAUCAUCUGUUGCUUUUCACCUGUUGAUGUUUGGAGCAUUGUUUGUCUUGCAGGUUGGACUAGCGGUGGUAAAUGGCCAGUUAAUGGCUGUGGGUGGCUUUGACGGGACAACGUAUCUUAAAACAAUAGAGGUCUAUGAUCCUGACGCUAACACAUGGAGGUAGGUGACCGCAUGCAACAGGUUACUUGAGACAUAUUAUAAUAAUAAUAAUAAUAAUAAUAAUAAUAAUAAUAAUAUGCCAUUUAGCAGACGCUUUUAUCCAAAGCGACUUACAGUCAUUCGUGCAUACAUUUUUUUUGUGUAUGGGUGGUCCCGGGGAUCGAACCCACUACCUGGCGUUAUAUGCGCCGUGCUCUACCAGCUGAGCUACAGAGGACCACAAGCCUAGAGGGCUUGUGUUGAACAUGAAGAUAUUAAUUUCCUUCUCUCCCUCCAGGCUCUACGGUGGAAUGAACUAUAGGCGACUUGGAGGAGGGGUUGGUGUUAUCAAAAUGACUCACUGUGAAUCCCACAUAUGGUAACACCUCCAGGUCAAAGGCCUCACUGUCGCUUGUGCCUCCGAAAUAAACAUUGUUUAUCAUGCAAGGAACGAAGGAAGACAAUAUUAACUGUAACUCAUCCACAGCCAUGUUAUUGGCAAGCCAAUGAAAUGUCUUGAGUGACUACAAGCUUUAUUGUUCCUGUGUCAAGUCUGGAAGGCUUCUAUUCUAGGAGCCUACGGUUCAUCUCUCUCUUCUGUACUUCCUGAAUUAUGACUUGACUGGCCAAGGCCAAGAGGAACCAACUCUGAAUAGAUCAAUCACGAGGAACUAUUGUUUAUGACAUCAUGGAGGCAAACACUUCAUUUCCCCUUUUUCGGUUACUGAAAUGGAAUGCUGCAGCUGCACUUUAAGAGACAGUUGAGACUUUUGCUGUGUUAUACUAUACCAAUGUUUAGUUUCCAUUGAAAUAUUAAAUGGGGCAUGAAGAAGAAUCUUCAAAGAGAGCUGAAGGUGCAGGAUGUGGUCUCACUGCUUCUCCUGAUCCUCGUUGUGAAAAGUGGAUGAACUUGUUAGGCAGUUGUUUGAAUCUCUAAAUUGAAUGCACUGUGAUUAUUAUUUUAGAUUGUUUUUUUUGUUGCUGUUUUUAUUAGUUUGACACACUGAGCAUAACCUGGAGUUCUACGUUCACAACUGGGGUCAAUUGUUGGUUCACUAAGAUAUUGGUACGGUGGUGCUUACACAAUAUUAUAACAACUGUUUCAUACAAGAU